CCACGCCGGGCAGUGUUUCAGGCCGAGGCUUGUCCCUCCAGCUCCUCCGGUUCCCCUCUCGCCAUCCGCUCCCCGAGCUCCCCCAGCUCGCACGGUGGAAGGGACCUGGGCGCGUCUCCUCCGCCCACCCAAGCCCCGGCUCUUUGUCCAACAGGCUGCUCCGCCGCUGCCUCUCGCCCCGGCUCCUGCCCAGCCCGUCCUUCCGCGCGGACAAGGCGGCUCCACCCGCCGCUCCGGCCCCCGAGCGUCCUGCCCGGCUGCGGGAGCAGCCAGGAGCCGGGUCCCCGGCCCGGGAGCGGGCGGCGGCGCGCGAGGGUACCAAGGAAGAUAACGGAGGGUCGAAAUAAUAAAUGACUCGAUGGAACGAACUAGCGCCCAGAUUUCUGCACGAAGCUCGGGAGUCUCACGUGCUCGCUUGCCAGGAAGAGCAGAAAUGGGUUAAAACAACACUGUCACCGUUAAUUGUUGGCAUCAGAUGAAUACGGUGCCGGGGUCGCAUUAUUAAACCAACCAGGAUACAGAUCUACAAGGCAAACUAAAGGUUUCAACUGCUAUUCAGCGCCUCCUCAUUUGUCCCGGAGCCCUAACAGUGGUGCCUUUUCUUCCCUGGCUGCUUUUCCCUGCUUCUGGAGCAGCAGUUAUGGUAGAAGCAGAUGGCUACUGAUUGGCACUGAAGACAUUACCUGUGUCCCCAGAUUGCACCAAAGACAGUCAAGGAACAUGGUCCUUGGUCAUGAGGCUUGCACCUAUGGCUGCGGUGUACCAAGCGGACAAAGCCAUGGGAGAGCUCAGGGAUUCUCCUCGCCUCGGUGCCGAGAGGUCAGUGACAUCAGAACCAUUCUGCGCUGCUGCGAGGGAUGCAGGGAGGCGCAGGUCAGUGGGUUAGGAGGUCUCCUGAUCCCUUCUUUUUCUGCUCCUCGGCCACACUGCCAGCCCCAGGAACCCCUUCCUGAGGUGACCCAAGAAGACCCUGAGAUGUCAACUUCCGACACUGCUACAAGCCACAAGAGGAACACCCCCCCCCCCCCGCGCAGCACUGAUAUCACUACCCUCCCCUCAUAACUUUUCAUCUUUCCCCCGGGAUGUGCAGCGCCUGGCCGAACUCCCCCCUUGCUAUUCCUUACUGCUAAAACGUGCUUAUUCAGAGGAAAGUCCCUUGUUUGUUCCAGGGCUAAGGAAGAAAGGUUCAGAGCAGCGAGAGAGCAGUAAAAUAUCCCAGACGAAAUGGGGGGGGGGGUGGAGGGGAUUUAUUAUAUUUAAUUUUAGAAAAAAAAUGGCAUGUAGCUUUCAUGGUCUCUUUGCAGAAGAGAGGGUCUCCCAGGGGAAGGACCCUGAGCACAUUCACGCUGGAGGAAACUCCAAGCCCAUCUCACUGUGGGCAAAGGAUCUUUUGGUUUCUAAAACGAAAGGAAAAACGACAGCAAUAGACCACAGAAUAGCCUAUGACCUGGGCAGACACUUGCAGGCCAAAGUCAGCGCCAAGGCUCUUCCUUGCAUUGUAAGACCAAACCCCCGUUGGCUGCAGAGCAACAUUUCCGACAGUCAGAGUCCUGUCUCGCUCGUUAGAGAUCCCAAAGUUUAAUAGUUUGUGGGAUUCCACGCAGGGCUUUAAAGCCCCAGAGAACACCUCCCCAGCAAGGGCUCUUUGCUGAAUAAACAAGAGGAGGGAAAAUUCUGCAAGUGUACACUGGGCCCAAAGCCAGGGAGCGGAUGGUACAUGCAGCGAGAUACUUGCAAACAGGUGAAGAUUAUCUUCAGAGCAGCGAGCAAAGGGAUUGAGUGGAUCUAGAAGGGUGGCUAUUGGGCCAGGACCAUUGGCGUUUUAGCAAUGAAAUAAGAAUGGCUACAGUAACAUGGGGGCAUUUAAAUACCCCCCAACCUGCUGUUAAACCUCGUCCUAGCCUAGUGAACAGCUGCAGAGCGAUGCUUGCUGACUAAGGAAAGGGGUUAAAUUCUCCCCUUUAAUCAAAGCAAGUAUUCAGGAGUUUCCCCCCUCCAGGAUCACCAUCUGUAACGGGAGCGCACGGGGAAUGUGCCUCCUUCUUCUGAGAUCCAGGCUGCAGUUUGGCUAGAAAUUCUUGCUGCCCACACAUACACCCGAAAAGUCACAAUAAUAAAUAAUAAUAAGCAUGAUGAAGGGGUUUUCGUGUCAUCCCUUUAAAAUGAAAGGGCCCUCUUUUAUUCUUAGGCCGCAAAAAGCGCUUUAAGAGGCUGCUCUCAAAGCUUUGGGCUCUGGCAAAGGUGGGGGGGCGGGCAGCACCUCCAGGUAGCGAGCAGGAAGGGGAGACAGGCCGGGAGAGCGCCGAGCCUACUAAAGAGUUAAAGGGAGGGGACGUGGGCUGUCACGCGUCAUUGGGCAGAUUAUGUGCAGCAAACAAAAAGUGUGCGUCUGUGUGCCAGUCAGUCACUGCAUCGGGUCCAUCUGCACCACUCGCUCCUGCUCGCCCCUCUCUCUCUCUCUCUCUCUCUCUCUCUCUUUCUGUCUCUCCUUCCACCUCUUUGCACAAGGCACCCAGGACAGCAGCCCUACCCUCUCCCACUGCCAUGGAAAUACACUGAUACAAUAGACACUGGGCGGGACGCGGAGAGCAGCCCAUCCUUGGCCACUGUCGGGUUUCCUGGCGUUUGGGAUUAUUUUCUGACCUGGUUCCUGUGAUGGAGGACACCGGCGUUCAAAGGGGUAUAUGGGAUGGAGACGCCAAGGCAGUCCAGCAAUGUUUGACGGAUAUUUUCACCAGCGUUUACACCACCUGCGAUAUCCCGGAAAAUGCGAUCUUCGGCCCUUGUGUACUGAGCCACACUUCUUUGUAUGACAGCAUCGCUUUCAUAGCGCUUAAAUCCACUGACAAGAGAACCGUCCCUUAUAUAUUCCGGGUGGACACUUCAGCAGCGAAUGGCUCCUCCGAAGGUCUAAUGUGGCUCCGUCUGGUCCAGUCAGCCAGAGAUAAAGAAGAACAGAACCUAGAAGCUUACAUCAAAAAUGGACAAUUGUUUUAUCGGUCCCUUCGCAGGAUCGCCAAAGACGAGGAGUUAUUAGUUUGGUAUGGGAAAGAACUGACGGAAUUACUGUUGCUCAGCACCGCCAGAUCCCACAGCAAGAUGAACGGGUCGCCCCCGCACACCUGCCUGGAGUGCAGCCAGCGGUUCCAGUUCGAGUUCCCCUACGCGGCCCACCUGCGCUUCCGCUGCCCCAAGCGGCUGCCCAGCUCGGAGCCCAGCCCCGCCGAGGAGCCGCGCGGCAAGGCCAGCGCCAAGGAGCCGGCGGCCAGCCUGGGGCCCGGGGCCACCAAAUACUGCAAGCCCGGCGGGCCGCUCCGCCCGCACUACCCGGGCCCCGGCCAGGACGGCGGCACCGCCAAACCCUCCACGGACUUCCACAACCUGGCCCGCGAGCUGGAGAACGCCCGGGCGGGCGGCGGCUCCCCCAGCCGGGGCGCGGGCGGCAAAGCCAAGCGCCGGUUCCCGGAGGAGCCGGGCGAGGAGCGGGGCCAGGGGCGCCUGCCCUCCUCCCCCCGGGAGGAGCUGGUGUGCACCCCGCAGCAGCAGUACCGGCCCGCGGGCAGCUACUUCGGCCUGGAGGAGGGCGGCCGCCUCUUCGGGCCGCCCAGCCCGGAGACGGGCGAGGCCAAGCGCAGCGCCUUCGUGGAGGUGAAGAAAGCCUCGCGCGGGCUGGAGGCGGCGGCGGAGGAGGCGGCGGAGCAGCAGCAGCAGCAGCAGCGCGCCUCGCCCGCCGGCGCCGGGGACCCGCUGCUGGGCGCCCGGCCGCUCUCCGGGGGCAGCCCGGCGCGGGGCAGCGCCUUCACCACGGUGCCGCAGCUGGGCGCCAAGGCGGAGGAGCGGAAAAGCGCCUUCUCCCAGCCCGCCCGCUCCGCCUUCCCGGCGCCGCUGGGGCUGGCCCCCAAGCUGGGCGGCCUGGGCGAGCCCUGCCCGGAGGCGGCCGCCGCCCGCCUCUACCCGGCCGACCCGCUGGCCGCCAAGCUGCCGGGCGCCGCCGAGCCGCCCAAGCAGAGCCCCUUCCUCUACGCCACCGCCUUCUGGCCCAAGAGCGCGGCGGCGGCGGCCGGGCCGCUCCCGCUGCCGCUGCCCUCGGCCCUGACCCUGCUGCCGCCCUCCUUCACCUCGCUGUGCCUGCCGGCCCAGAACUGGUGCGCCAAGUGCAACGCCUCCUUCCGCAUGACCUCCGACCUGGUGUACCACAUGCGCUCGCACCACAAGAAGGAGUACGCCCUGGAGCCGCUGCUCAAGCGCCGCCGCGAGGAGAAGCUCAAGUGCCCCAUCUGCAACGAGUCCUUCCGCGAGCGCCACCACCUCUCCCGGCACAUGACCUCCCACAACUGAGCCGGGGGGACCGGGACACGGCCACGCACCCGCCCCUCCACCCCGGCCCGCCUCUGCCCAUCGCGGGGGUCACAGCCGGGGAGGGGGGGGUUGCAUCGUUUCCAAGCUGAUUUGGGGUGUUUCCGAGACCAGGUGGGUGAGGCGCUGGCUUUGAUCUGCCGGUGAGAGGGAGACGCUUUCCAGCUUGCCUAGGGUGACCAGAUAGAAAGUGUGAAACAUCCAGACUGGGUGGGGAGGAAAUAGGCUCCUACACAAGAAGAAGCCCCGAAUAUGGGGACUGGCCCUAAAAAAUCGGGACAUCUGGUCACCCUAAGCUUACCCAGAGCGCUUCUUCAGCUUUUGGGGGGUUUGUUUUUGUUUUUAGCAACCCACCUGAGAUAUCAAGGUCAGAUCCCCACUUGCCAAAAUUAGCCUGCCUUCAUUGUCUUUGAUGGCGCUAUGGUAAUUUACAGCAGCGGGGGAUCUAGCUGGCCCUUGAUUGUCAGAAGGCAGGUACCUAGCACUUUCUGAUAAUCAGGCCUCUUGAAGCUGUCUCCGUUUGAACAAACACCCCAAAUCAUUAGUCACUUUUGAAAGUGUAGGCCUUUACCUUGCAGCAUACCAGACCAAGAGGGGGAAGGGUUGGAUUUUUUUCUCUCUAGCUUCUGUUCGAAUGCACGCAUUUUCACUUUCCCCAAAUAAAAAUAAAAAAGAACUUUAAAACUAAUAAAGUACAUUUUUAAAAUGUCAUAUAUUGCAACAUAUUGAUGCAUUUGUCAUACCUUUCUACUUAAAUUAUUAAGCACUUAUGGUUUAGAUGUAAUAAUUAUAUGUAAGGGUAAAUUUUUAUUUUAGAUAUAAAGUUUUAAAAAAAGGAAGGAGGAUGCAAUGCUUUCUGCAUUUGAUGACAGUUUGUGUUCUUUCAAAAAAAAAUAAAAAAAGGACUUGACUCUAUUUAAGUUUCCAAGGGGGAAGUGCAUGUAUCAUGAAAUGAUUAUGGACUUCAGUGCAGAAUGUCCUCAAUUCUGUAAAUAUGUAUUUCCUUUUAAUACAAAGUGUAAUUUUGUGCCAGUGAAAUGAAGUCUGCAUAGUUAUGUGUUUCUUUUUUUCCCUUAAAAAGAUUUUAUUCAACUUUAUAGUUUAUCUGGGUAUGUUGGAUGCU